AUUUUUGUUAUAUUGUAUUGCAAAGCAAAUAAUACGCAACAUUUGGUGACUAGAGUAUCUAGCAAAUGUCGCUUAGCAGUAUAUGAAAAUGGUAUUCGGUAGUUGGACCAGCCGAAGAAGAGAAGAAUUAAAGCAAAAUAGAACCCACAUGCGUGUCACUGCACACACUCUUCACACAGGCUUACCAGUACCUGGGAUAGUAGGCACCGUACGCAAGGUUGUUUGUGUUGGAAUACGCGUUGUUGUUCCACUGGUUAAAGUUGGAACUGCCAGAGCUGCCGAAAGGAGAGACAUUGUUGCCCUGCGAGGCAGCAAAUCCGUUGUUCCACGAGUUGCUGUUGGUACCGAACGGCGAGACGUUCGACGUGGCGCCGUUAUCAUACGCACCAACAUUGUGGACAUUGGACUGGGUGUUGCCGUAGAUGCCUGGAUAGUAGCCGCCAUAGAUUGGGGCGGCAGAGACUGUCGACGCAACCAGAGAAACAAAGGAGACGAUGAAGGAGUUCAUUGCUAUGUAUGUACGAAGCUGUGGGUGUGUGGAGAAAGGAAACUGUUGCUUAAGUGAUUUUGCUGG